AUGAAGUACGCCAACCUCCUUCUGGCAGCCCUCGCGGCUCCAAUCCAGGCCGCCUUCACAUGGAAGAGUGUGAAAACGGGUGCUGGUGGCGGAUUUGUGCCUUCCAUUGUUUUCCAUCCUACUACCAAGGGCGUCGCCUACGCCAGGACCGACAUCGGUGGCCUCUACCGUCUCAACGCUGACGACUCGUGGACUGCUGUUACCGACGCCAACGAGUUCGCUUCGGAUUCCAAAUGGUCGAGAUGGGGCGUAGACGCACUUGCGUUGGAUCCGCAAGACGACAAGAAGGUCUUCAUUGCGGUGGGAACCUACACCAACAGCUGGGACCCGAACAACGGAGAGAUUGCACGCAGUUCAGAUAGGGGACAGACAUGGCAGUUCGCAAGCCUCCCCUUCAAGGUUGGCGGAAACAUGCCGGGAAGAGGAAACGGAGAGCGUCUUGCCGUUGACCCCAAGAACUCCAACAUCGUCUACUUCGGCGCCCGAAGUGGCAACGGGCUCUGGAAGAGCACCGACGGAGGCGCAAGCUUCUCCAAGGUCUCCUCCUUCACCGCCGUCGGCACGUUCCGCGCUGGCCCUGCCGGCGACGAGUACAGCGGUGACAUCCAGGGCUUGAACUUCGUCACCUUCGACCCCACUUCUGCUCUCGUUGGCGGUGCCACGUCUCGUAUCUUUGUCGGCGUUGCCGAGAAUGCCACGUCUUCCAUCUACGUCUCCAACGACGCUGGAUCUACUUGGUCUGCUGUCGCCGGCCAGCCUGGCCGAUACUUCCCCCACAAGGGAAGGAUUCAGCCUGCCGAAAAGGCUCUCUACAUCAGCUACUCUGACGGCACCGGCCCUUAUGAUGGCUCCUCUGGUGCUGUCUGGAGAUACGACAUUGCUGCCGGGACAUGGAAAGAUAUCACCCCUGUUGCCCCUGGUCCGGACUUGUACCACGGUUUUGGCGGGCUGAGUGUGGACUUGCAAAAGCCCGGCACCCUGAUCGUUGCCUCUCUGAACAGCUGGUGGCCCGACGCAAAGCUCUUCAGAUCGACCGACUCUGGUAACACUUGGAAGCCAAUCUGGACCUGGGGCACCGACGGCAACCAGAACCUGAGCUACGUCCAGACUUCCCCCAAGGCGCCCUGGAUCAAGACCAACUUCCUCGACGUCGACACCAAGGACCUGGGCUGGAUGAUCGAGUCCCUCGAGAUCGACCCUACCGACUCCAACCACUGGCUGUGGGGCACUGGCCUUACCAUCUUCGGCGGCCGAGACCUGACCAACUGGGACACGGGAGCCAAGUUGAACAUCCAGUCCCUGGCAGACGGCAUCGAGGAGAUGUCCAUUCAGGACCUCGCCAGCGCCCCCGGCGGGUCAGAGCUCCUCGCCGCCACUUACGACAACAACGGCUUCACUUACAAGACGCGCAGCAGCCUCGACGUCUCGCCCCAGACCACCUGGACGACCCCGAUGUGGGCUAGCGCCGUGGGCGUCGACUACGCCGGGAACAAGCCUGCGAACGUAGUCAGGAUUGGGAAUGUUGCUGGAACCCAGCAACUGGCGGUGAGCUCCGACGGCGGCGGUGGCUGGUACAUCAACUACGCCGCGGGAACCACCCAAUACGGCGGAUCGGUGGCUUAUUCGGCGGACGCUGACAUCAUCCUCUGGUCGACGGCAACCCUCGGCGUGCAGCGGAGCGCCAACCAGGGCUCCCUCGCCGUCGUUGCCAGCAUCCCCGCCGGCGCCGUCAUCGCCAGCGACAAGCGCAACAACACCGUCUUCUACGGCGGCUCGGGCGGCAGCUUCUACCGCUCCACCAACGGCGGCGCGACCUUCGCCACCGCGGGAUCCCUCGGCUCCGCCUCCGAGAUCCGACACGUCGAGGCGCACCCCGUCAAGGCCGGCGACGUCUGGGUCUCGACCAACGUCGGCAUCUUCCACAGCACCGACUACGGCUCCUCCUUCACCCUGGUCUCCACUACGCUGACGAACACCAACAAGGUCGCCCUCGGCAAGGGCUCCGGCUCCAACUGGAACCUCUACGCCUUCGGCACCGGCCCCGCGGGCCGACGGCUCUACGGCAGCGCCGACCUCGGCGCGUCCUGGACGGACCUCCAGGGCACCCAGAGCUUCGGCGCCAUUGACAGCGCCAAGCUCGCCGGCUCCGGAAACGAGGAGAACCUGGUCUACGUCGGCACCAACGGCCGCGGCGCCUUCUACGCUUCGGGCGUCAUCGGCUCCUCCGGCGGCGGGCAGACCUCCGCCGCCCCGACGUCGUCCAGCAGGCCGUCCAGCAGCAGCAGCAGCACCUCGCCGGCCGUUGUGACGUCCUCGACGUCCUCGGUCAGGACCACCCUCGUGACUUCUACCUCCACGAUCCGCAUCUCCUCCAGCUCCGCGGUCCGCACCUCCACGAGCUCUGCCCCGGCUUCCACGGCGACCAACCUGGCGAAGCAGUUUGAGCAGUGCGCCGGCGGGCCGAACUGGAACGGCCCGACGCAGUGCGUGCCGCCGUUCGUCUGCAAGUACGCGAACGAGUGGUACUCCCACGCAGCGGGAACCAGCCGUUCUCGUUCCACCCGCAAUCUAUCGCCUGUGGACCGCAACACCGGGCCCCCCCACGCUGCCGACGCACGAGUUGCGUCCAGUGUCCGAUCUCGCUUCAACGUGGGCCCGAUGCAGCUAGGCCCAGCUGGGAAUCAUCGACUUCCCCUCUUCCCGCCCCUCUUCGCGAAGGCCGUCAAAAUAGCGCCUCGACCAAGACUAAGCUGGUGA